CGCGCCGGGCCGCCCACCCGGCCCCGGCAGCUUGAGGGAAGGAGGGAGGCGUGCGUAUCUCGAUUCUGAGGACGCAUGAGCGCGCUGCGCAUCGGGCUCCGGAAGGCGAGCGCCGGGGGUGCUCCGCGGGCGGCCGGGGCAGCUCCAGCGGCGCAGGAGCCCAGAGCCGGGCCCGCUCCCGCAGGACUGCCUCUGAAUCGCAGUCCAGAAAGAAGAAACAAUCCUGUUGGUUAAAGUUGAACAUUUGUCUGUAAGAUUAAGRACAGAGCCAUGCCAGUGCUUUCGGAAGACUCAGGGUUGCAUGAAACUUUGGCCCUUUUGACRUCUCAGCUAAGACCUGACUCAAAUCAUAAAGAGGAAAUGGGAUUCCUUAGGGAUGUCUUCAGUGAAAGGAGUCUCAGCUACCUGAUGAAGAUUCAUGAAAAACUCCGUCAUUAUGAAAGACAGAGUCCAACUCCUGUUUUACAUAGUGCAGCAGGAUUAGUUGAAGAUGUAAUAGAAGAGUUGCAGACAGCACCAGUGAAUAAUGAAGAAAAAGAGCUACUUCAGCUGUUGUCAACACCACAUCUCAGGGCAAUGCUUGUGGUGCAUGACACUGUAGCACAGAAGAACUUUGACCCAGCUCUUCCACCUCUACCUGAUAACUUUGAUGAUGAUUUUGAUGAGGAAUCAGUGAAAAUUGUUCGGCUAGUGAAAAAUAAAGAGCCCUUGGGAGCUACCAUCAGAAGAGAUGAACAUACAGGAGCUGUGAUUGUAGCAAGGAUCAUGAGAGGUGGUGCAGCUGAUCGCAGUGGUCUUGUCCAUGUUGGAGAUGAACUAAGAGAAGUCAAUGGUAUUACUGUGCUUCACAAACGACCAGAAGAAAUAAGUCAGAUUUUGGCUCARUCUCGAGGGUCGAUAACAUUAAAAAUCAUUCCAGCCAUCAAAGAAGAAGAUCGUCUGAAAGACAGCAAGGUGUUCAUGAGGGCACUUUUCUGCUAUAAUCCCAAAGAAGACAGAGCCAUUCCCUGCCAGGAAGCUGGGCUGCCAUUUAAGAGGAGACACGUGCUAGAAGUUGUAAGCCAAGAUGAUCCCACGUGGUGGCAAGCCAAGCGUGUUGGGGAUACCAACCUCAGAGCAGGCUUGAUCCCCUCAAAACAGUUCCAAGAAAGACGAUUGACUUACAGAAAAGCAACAGGCACUCUGCAGAAUGCCAGAACUCUGAAGAAACCAUUAUAUGAUCAGUCUUCUGACAAAGAAGACUGUGACUGUGAAGGAUAUUUCAAUGGACAUUACAUAGCUGGUUUACGCAGGAGCUUCAGAUUGAGUCGUAAAGAGAAGGAAAACAAYGUGAAUGAAGGCAAGCAAGCAGAGCAGGCAGAUGCAGCAGAGUUCCUAACAUAUGAAGAAGUCACAAAGUAUCAGCAACAGCCUGGUGAACAGCACAGGCUGGUGGUUUUGAUUGGUUGUUUGGGGGCCAGGUUAAGUGAGCUCAAGCAAAAAGUUGUGUCAGAGAACCCACAGGAAUAUGGUGUYGCAGUUCCACAUACAACAAGAUCAAAGAAAAGUCAUGAGAGAGAGGGAGUAGAAUACAAUUUUGUUUCGAAGCAAUCAUUUGAGACAGAUGUGCAGCAAAACAAAUUUGUGGAACAUGGAGAAUACAAAGAAAAUUUGUAUGGUACAAGUCUGGAGGCAAUCCGCUCYGUGAUGGCCAAAAAGAAGGUUUGCUUGGUGGAUGUGGUACCUGAAGCAGUGAAGCACUUGAGGACUCCUGAGUUCAAGCCUUAUGUUAUCUUUGUGAAGCCUCUCAUUUCAGAAAAGAAAAAAAAUGUCUUAAAAUCUCCCAUGUCAGAAGAAAUCUCAACCCCCCUCCAGGAUGAAGAACAGCAGGAAAUUAUUAAUUCAGCAGCAUUCAUUGAAGAGCAGUAUGGCCAUUUAAUUGACACUGUACUGGUGAAAGAAGAUCUCCAGAGUGCAUGUAAUGAGCUGAAAACUGURUUAGAGAAACUAAACAAGGAUUCAUUUUGGGUGCCAGUCAGCUGGGUAAGGUCAUAGCUUGUUACCAUGUUUAAGGGAAAGACUGUAGAAAAAUGUCUUGUAAAUAAGUGAAUUAGAAAUGGGAAGUAUGUGGAAUUUGCUUCAAAACUGCUGGUCUUAUCUAGAAGGCAACAUGUAAAGACUUCAUGAGGAACAACUGAACAAAGUCACAAACUGACACUGCCUCUCUGACUCAGAAUUUUGAAUAGCAGCUGUCAUUUAGAAGUUGAUAUUCAGACUAAGCCAGUCCAGUCUUUUACUGAUCUUUAGACUGUAAAUAGUGCAUUUUGUUACAAGGGAGUUUCACAGAGRGUCCCACACUUCCAAAGCAUUUUAGUGCUGAGACACUGACAAGGUGGAAGUUUUGUCCUUUGGCCACAAUUCUGGUCACAAAUKUUGUGGCUGGAGUUAAAACCUCUGAAUCAAGUACCCUUUGGGAACAAGCUACUUCAGCUGGGUGGGAAGAGAGUACUUCAGAGAGUGGUUACACCACAUCUGGCCAGCAAAACAUGCUUCCCUUCACACAGAAGGAUGAAYUGCAAAUCCUUUCCAAUCAGGCACUACAAACGAGGCCAGCUGUAGAAGGGGUUUGUUGAUUCCAUCCCAUUUCCCAGUAGUCCAGGUUGUCUUGCACAGGUGUUACUCUSCUCAUCCACAGCUUAUGCCCUCUUUCCCAGUCUCUUUCUACUGCCACAGGAAAAAUGCUAAACAACCUGUGAGUGUACCUGUAUGAAUAGCUCAUAAAACAGAAAAUUUUUAUAGUGUACAUGAAAACAACUGYAUAUAGUUCUAAAAUAGGACAUUUAAGAAGCUUUGUUUCUGCAAAACAUCUUUGCUGCCUGAUGGGGAAACUGCCUUGACACAAUGUAACAGCUCCAAAAAGGGCACUAAAAGGUAGAACCUGAAGUAAUAAAUAGCUGGGCUACAGGUCAAAAACCAUCCUUCCAGCAUUUAUGACUACUUUUGUUCUAAAUCUGGUAAAGGUUUCUAGAGCUUCUGAUUGGCCUGAAGGAGAAAACUG